AUCGACGCUGCGAAAACUGCUGUUGGUGGCUGUCUACUUCCUGAAUUUACCACAACACAUAAAAUCGACCGACUGACUGGAGCUAAAAACCGACUAAAACCGACAUUAUUUCACCCACAUAACCCAGGGAGGUGCCCCGAGUUUCAGCCCCACCACCAACGGCUUGUCUUGAGGAGGGUCCCCGCCGCCCUGUCGCCGCGAUGGUGGAGACUCCAGCCGGCUGUCUGUUUGAAGACAUCCAGUAUGAGGACAUCCAAGUAGAAGCGGUAAACUUACUCACUGUUACAACACAGAGACACGGCUGUGACUAACCCUAGCUGUGAAGGAAUGAUGGAGAAAUGUAAGAGUUUAAUUGAAGCUUCGUGUCCUCUGUGUUCGUGAACACAUCAGACUGCCUGUCUAACAGCACGGCCAACUGUCCUUCAAUGGAAAGCACAGUCUGAGUUUGUUACACUCAAGUAUGGAUAACGUAUCAGAUAAACAGCAUUUAAAGCACUAUAUAAGGCGUUUUAACAAUCACAGCUAGGCCCCAGAUUUUACAGCACAUGAUUAUGAAACUUAAGGUGUAGGUGCUGAAAUGUUAAAGUCAUAAAAAUACACCUUUUAGCCCUGAUGGGACUAAGUUUACACAUUCAGCCCAUUCGCCUGAUAUUCAGGUCUGUGUUGUGUUUAACGGGGACAGACAAACUUCUGUCUGAAAGUGUUACAGAAAGGAUCCUUAGUGAGCUUUUAGAUAAAGAUAAACCAUUUAAACAGGCACCACUUUCCCCAUAGCGGCAAAACUGCAGCUGCUUCAACUUUCACAUCUGGGUAGCUGCUAUUCUUACUGUUUUUUUUUUUUUGGUUUGUUUGUUUUUUUAGGGGGGGCUUUAAAAUAAAUUGGAUCCAACAGAGUUUCUGCUUUCUUGCCCUAAACUACAAAAUCAAAGUUAUCAACCAGAGCAGAAGUUUACAAGAAACUCCUGUGUCCAGCAGAGUCACAUUGAAGCUGCCGUCUGUAUAUUUUGAUAAUGGUUUGACGGCUGUUUCUGGGGUCAAAGAAUUAUCUCCCCCUUUAACAAAGAGGUCUAUCUCUGUAGGAAACCUUUCUUUACUGUUAACAGACAAUCUGAGCCUGUUAGUGACAUGUUAAGUAUUUUUUAGUUGUGUCAGAUGUUGUCCUGUGCAUAAGAGCUGCAUAAUGAAGCAGUCAGUCAACAGGAGUGAAUCAAAAGGUUUGCAUGUCUUGAAAUAUUUGGAAGUGUCUGAUCGUUGUCGUUGUCUGUGGAGCUGCAGCAGCUGACUGACUCUUCAUGUCGCCUUUGUAUUUUUUUACUCAUUAUCUGACACAACUUUGGAUUAAACUGAGACCAAACGAGUGGAGCUUUUCACAGAAGCAUCAGCCCUGAUCUGAAAUCCAUAAAACAACCUGAUUUGUUUCUCUUUUUUGCUAUUCAUUAAAAACUCAUCAAUUAUAGGCUAAGAUAAACAUGUAUACUACAAUAUAAUUUGCCUUGAGAAAUGUAUUUUUACAUCACUGUAUACAUCAGAAAGUCUUGUGAGGAUAUGUUACUUAUCUGAAUAUUCUGAUUUGUUGAAAAUUUUCACAAAAUCUCACCUCUUUUUAAUUAAAACAACAAACAAAACAUUUAAAUAUCAGUGUUAAAAUCCACCUGUCUGCUCCCUCAGUCGUCUGUUAAGCGACAGAUACUAACUUUUCAACAAUUAAUGAUGAUAUUGUGAGAGCAGCUCAUCUGAUGGCUGAUGAAGAUGCCAAUAUCACGUUUUUGUUGUUGUUGUUUUUUUUCUUUUAAUAAGAUUGCAAAAGGAUCUAAAUUAAACACUGCCCAGUUACUCUUUUAGAUUUAAAAUGCCUUUAGAUGUGAAAAAUAUGUUUUCAUUCAUAAAGAUGGUUUUAAAAUCGGUCUUCAUGGUGUGAUGCAAAUAUGAUGUUGAUUUGGCAUUUAUCAGCCUGAUUAGGGAGUCUGUCUCUAACACAGUCCCUAAGAAAACAAAGUGAUCAGAUGCAUGCUGAAUCAAUAAUUUUAAGAACAAGUUAAACAUAUUCCCAUGAAGUCAUGAGGUGGUUUGACUCCCCUCCUUUCUCCUCCCACCUCCUCCUGUCUCUCUCUCCAGCUGUCCCAUUAAGUCAUCAGAAAUGAUUUAAGUGUUCCUCCGUGUGUUUACAUGUUAUGUUUCUUCAGGCUGUGGGCAGAGGGACAUUUGGGGUCGUCUUUAAAGCCGUCUGGAAAGGAAAGGACGUCGCCAUCAAGACUAUUGAGAGUGAGAAUGAGAGAAACGCUUUCCUGGUGGAGGUGUGUAAAAAAGCUUUUGUCUGCAUGACAUGAAACCUGCAGACUGUCAGAUACUUUAAUCAUGUUUAAAAACCAGAAGAAGCGAAGAUAUCCGGUACUUUUACAGGAGGAAGUCUUAACUUCCUUUAAAGUUUGUAACACGCCUCUAAGACUUCUUCUUUAAAACUGGAAAUGAAUGAAGUCGAUAAAACUAAAACUUGACUUUGGAUUGUGAUAAAAGUUUAAUCCCACUGAAGACAGAUUUUUAUAAAGGUAAUUUGUUUUAGUAUCAAACAUGUAAAAUGUCUUACCGAGGGUAAAAUCCUACAUCACUUUCAGGUUAAGAAAUAAAAAUAUGUGUUUCUUCAUGACAUACUUGUGUCAUGUUCAGAAUUAGGCUCAGGAACUAUCAAAGCAAAGAAUAAAAGCAAGUGAGAUGUUCAAUGACAUUUCUUAAUUCUGUAAUUCUCCUCAGAUGAUAUUCAGUUUCUCUCUGAUUGUGCAGCAGUGCUGUGGUGUAUUCAGGGAACCUCUGACAUUAAAUUUUUAAAAGAACUUUGAAAAUCAAAGUUUUAUUAAAGUGAAAAAAAAAAAAUAUAUAUAUAUAUAUAUAUAUAUAUAUAUAUAUAUAUAUAUAUUUAAUAUCAGUGUAUUUAUUGAAGACAUUAGAAAGGCAGAUGACUCUUUUUUUUUUUAGGUCAUACUGACACGGUCUCUGUAAUGAUAUAUAAUUAAUGCAUUAAUAAUUAUCUUUAUGUUGAAAUGAAUGUUUUUGUCUGUGCACAGCUCCGGCAGCUCUCCAGAGUGAACCAUCCAAACAUAGUGAAGCUGUAUGGCUCCUGUGACAACCCAGUAUGAAUUGAGCUUUUUAACACUCUGACUAAUUGUUAUUGUUUUUAAUCCUAGAAUGAGUUUUUCUGUCAUUUAUAUACAACCUCAGUGUGUCUAUCACACCACCAUCAUCAUAUUCACAUCAAGUAGAUGCAUAUUUUUAGCCUUAGACAUACAUAUAUUUUGGAAUAUCCUAAUUUGGUAUUAUAAAUUAUAUUAUACUAUGUAACAUGUCUCUUUUAUUCUUAAUAUUUUCCCUUUUUAAAUAAACCACACUUUUAUAAAUGCAGCGACAGUCAACAACAUUUUGAGUCACAAAUCUGUGUCAGUCAUGUCUGCUCCGUCUGUUAUGAUGCGUUCAAGAAAAAACAAGCUCCUGAACAAAAAAUAACGUGUGUUUUUUUAUUCAGGUCUGUCUUGUCAUGGAGUAUGCAGAAUGUGGCUCUUUAUAUAACCGUAAGUCAUGUUGUUCAUUUCCACACUUUGCAGUACAUUCACAUUUCAAAACAUGUAAGAAAACCCUCAUAAAAAUACCAAAAGAUGUGGAUAUAAAGAUUAAAUACAAUAACUGAAAUAUGCAGGAAAGUAUUCAUUACAAAGCAACACCAAGCUAUUUAUUAUUAUCUCUUGUAUUUAUGUAUUUAUUCAAUAGAGUCAGAAACUAACACUGUAAGUGGGUGUUCAGAUCAAAAUACUAGUGAAAAAGAGAAACACCUGCAGAGUAAAUGCUGUCAAUUUGAGUUCAUUACAUUCCUGUAGUAGCACCAGUUCAUCUGUUUUUUUGAGUCUCAGUUUCACCGUAAAUAGUAAGUUGCACAGAGGCUUCACUCUGGCCUACCACAGGAGUGCAAAUCUGAAAAAGAAACCAACUCUCCUGAUAUUUAAACUCAAUUUGCUGGGCUGAAUUUAGCCUUAAUAACAUUAGGAUGCAGAGUCUCAGUGUCACUGUUAACAAUGAGUUACACAUCUUUAGUUUGCUGCAAUAAAAACAUCAUGAUGCAGAUUAGUCUAAAGUCCAGCUUUGUCAGGUCUUGAAAAUGUUUGUUGAAUGGAAGUCAGGUCCCUAAUUUAUGAUGCAUUCAGGGAAGUCAGGAAAUCUAAAGUAAAUGUUUGAUUGUUAGCUGAACUUCAUGCUAAUAUCUGUCUCCUUAGAUUGCAAUGGAGUGUGUUCUGCCUGUUUUUGCUCUACAUACAGACCUGAUUGAUCAAAACUACUUAGAUUUCAAACAGAAACCAGAACAGUAUCCAGAAUCUAUUAACAGAGACCUGUUUGAAUGGAAAGUGUACUUCAUCACAUUUGUGGUCUUAUGAUCUCUCUGUCUGUAUUUCUGUUUUUUUUUUGUACCUCCAGUCCUCCACAGCGCAGACCCGCAGGCUCACUACACAGCAGCUCACGCCAUGAGCUGGUGUCUGCAGUGUGCACAGGGAGUGGCAUAUCUGCAUGCCAUGAAGCCAAAAGCCUUAAUCCACCGAGACCUCAAACCGCCAAAGUAAGAGUCUCUGAAGGGUCAUUAAAGUCAAGGUUACCCACAAAAGUAGGAUCACUGACUGCAAAAACCCCCAAAACAUCCUGGGCUUAAGUAAAGGUCUGACCCCUGUCCUGUGCUGUGCCUCAGUCUGCUCCUGGUGGCUCGUGGGACGGUGCUGAAGAUCUGUGACUUUGGGACAGCCUGUGACAUUCAGACCUACAUGACGAAUAACAAAGGCAGUGCCGCCUGGAUGGCUCCAGAGGUGUUUGAAGGUAAAAGUCAAACACUGCUUUCACUUUUUACUCAAACGCAUGGUCGUGGUCGGGUUCAUAUUAAUCUGCCAUGUAAAGUGCCUCAGUGAAUACAGCUAAAUCCUUCCACUGGAGACAGGGAGGGAGAUUCACUUGGAAACAAUCUGCUCUAGUGAUAUUCAAGCUCAUGAAACCCCCGAAGUUCUGCAGAUCUGUACACUUUGCUCUUGUGUUGUGUCUGGUUUUGGAGAUGAGCUGUUAGCAUCUCUUCUUUCCAGAGCACAGAGCUCCACUCUCAUUGUGGUGGUGAUUAAAGAAUAAAAAGGCCAACAUGAGCAAAUGUGACCAGUUUGUUUGUCAGUUUGUGGACAGAUAUUGGGAUUUUGAGGGCUGAUACCGACACUGAUCAAGUGUAGUGUGCUCUGCAAUUUUUCAGGCAGUAACUACAGCGAGAAGUGUGACGUGUUCAGCUGGGGGAUCAUCCUCUGGGAGGUCAUCACACGCAAGAAACCAUUUGAUGAAAUUGGUGGCUCGGCGUUCUGUAUCAUGUGGGCCGUCCACAGAGGUGAGAGAAAACCUGCACCAAGGACAGUAACAGCUGAUUUAGUGGGGUCUCGUUCUAGUGGUAUUUAACUGAUGCUGACAGCCCCUCAACAAGAGUUUCCUGUUUCACAGGUACACGUCCUCCUCUGAUUAAAGACCUACCUGAGCCCAUUGAGACUCUGAUGACCCGCUGCUGGGACAAAGAACCGAGCCAGAGACCAUCCAUGGAGGAGGUGAAGAACACCAUGAGCCAACUUAUGAAGGUAAAACCCCCAAAUUAAACCCUCUCGUUUGGUUUUGCGUGUUGUUUGCACAGUUCAAAUAGGCCUGACCUGUCAGUCAGCUGUUUUAGUCCAGAUUAAAAGCUUCCUUUGAAUUGCAGAUUUGGGGUUUUAUGCAUAAUUAUUGCACAUGCACAAACAGGGCGUGAGGGUUAGGGUUAGGGUUUUAAAUGCUAUACCCCGAGCAAAUAAGUGCAAUUAUUCCUAGAAAAACCUAAAAUCGACAAGAUCCUUGGAAUAAGUCAGACUCACUGAAAACAAACCUGGUUUCACUCGUGAUCAGGAGAAUGAAUCAGUCCCCCAGCAGGUAUGAGAGUGAGCUCUCACUCACUAAUCCUUGUUUUUGGACCUUCCAGUACUUUCCAGGCUCUGAUGAACCUCUCAAGCUCUCUCAUCAGUCUUCAGCCAACAGGAGUGGCUCUUCGUCAGCCGCCAGCUCAGGUAGAAUAAAUGCUAUGCAGCUUCAAAUGAUGCAAAGCGUAUUUCAGAAAACUUCAAAACAUAUGUCUGUUUAAUCCAGUUUAUUAAGAAUGCAGAAAACUUUAUUGAUCAUAAAUGAGUUUGUACCUUUUGCAGGCUCGUACGCUGACUUCACCUUCAACAGCAACAGGAGCGACGACAACUCAGAGCACAGAAACUCGACAGGACGAGAAGAGACGCUUAAGAGUUUUGAGGCCAAGUUCCCUCUGCAGUUCAAACCCUCAAAGGUACUUUAGAUUAACUUUAUCUAUAAAACUAUAUUUAACAAAGUUAUGAGGGACUUAACCUGUAUCAGUCAGGAUUUGAGCAGCUGGACAAACAUCCUCAUUCAUUAGCAGACAGAAUGAAAACUGUGAGAUGGUUUUCCAGCAUUGAUACAGUUUUUUGUCACAGUGAAGUUUAAAAACUUCCAGAGGUAAAACCAUAAAAAGUGUUCAUUCUGUCAGAGCUGAUGAUUUCUAUCCUCUCACCCUCAGACGUCCACUCUACGUACUGGUCUGUCCAGAGUUUCCAGCAUAGAAAGCCAACCUGGACUGUCCCAAAGCCCCACCCACAGCACCAGCCCUGUGACCACAACCAGCCAAUCAGAGCUCAGAAUGACCUUCAGUCCUACAGGUAAGCAGCCCGAUGCAAGUCUGCUGAGAUGCUGUGGCUGUCAGUUGAUCUUAAAGCCAAAUUCAAAUUCUCAGGGGUGAGGGAAGACAGUCCAGCAGCCAGGUAAACACCUAGAACAUACAGUAUAAAGGUGUGUGUUCACAGGUAAAAACGCCACUGUAACAGGGUUAGAAGAGGUUCAUCCACAUGCUCUUUUAUUUAUUCUAUCCGUGGCUCUAAAUCAGAAAUCAAUAGCUGUAUCAUGUGUGUCAAGAAAGUUAAAGAGCCUCAGAAAAUAAAAGAUGAUUUAAACCAGUGAGAUAAAAAAUGAAUAUGUACACCCCCUUUGAACAGCAGAGGGUGCUAUCUGCCUUUAUCCUCUGUUAUUGGACAUCCUUUUGUCUUCUCUGCCUGUAUCUGAACAAAGGUGUGCAGACACGGUGGUAGAAGGUAAAUAUUUUGCAGCUGUGGAUUCAUCAUCAGUGUUUCCCACACAUUGACGAUAGUUGAGCAGUUUAAAUUAAGGAGAUCUGAUUAUUAUUAGCUAAUUUUCUUAAAGUAAGAUCGCUACUGCUGGCAGUAAGUGGGUUAUCAGUGGAGGGUGGUAUUUGUUGCCUAAAAGGGUUAAAAAAAAUCAUCAACAAUAGUGAUGAGUUUAUUAGUUAUCUGUAAAACCUUAAACAGCUGGAAGGGGGAGAUGUCGGUCAGAUUGAUUUCCUGCAUGCUAAAGAAAAGUCUAUUUCCAAAAUUGAGUCGUAUAUUUUAACGUUAAAAUAAAGCAGGGUUAAGACUGUCCUGUUUGAAAACAAGACUUAAUCAUCAGAUUAGAGGCACUCAACAUAUACUGAAAGUUUAUUGCAGGAGCUUUAAGAAACAUCAUAUCCUGAUUCCAGAAGCUGGAGGAAGACCUUAUCUACCCAGAGGACCAUGAAAGAAAGGGGUAUUUGAGAGGUUUCAUUGGAUAAAACGGGGACAAAUACAAGCCUCACUAAGAACAGUUUAAUUGAGCAUCUCUUCUUUAAAACUCAAAACUCAUAGUGUGAACCAACAUCCUGUAUCAUAAUGUAAACUGAGUUUAUUGUUUGUAAUACAACAACAUGAUUGGCUUAAAACAUAUAAAAAUGUGUUAGAGCAAAUAAGUUACAGAGAGAUCGAGCCUUUGAAAAACCUUUUUAUGAAGAGAACAAGCUUCAAAAAAACACUGAAGAACAGCAGAGCUCAUAUUCAACAAACUCUUCAUUACCUGGACCUUCAGAACUAAGAAGCACUUUUAUUUUGAAAGGUCUGAGGUUACAGUAUGUAACUCUGAUUGGAUUGAAUAAUGAGAAAACUAUAAGUAAACAGUCCUUCGUUUAUUCCUAAAAUCAUCUGGAUAAUUCAACUGCACUUCAUGAUGCAUUCUCCUCUCUGAACCAUUAGGGGGCAAUACAGUGCAGCCUACAAGAGUUAAUGUCCGUGCAGGUGUGGGGGCUCUCUAGUGACACAAUAACACAGGCAGGUGUGUGUGUUUGUGUGUUUCAGCGACCAAUGGUUUGGACAGCUCCAUCCCCCUGGCUUACCUGAAACUGGACCAUCAGCUCCAGGUGAGACACUUUUUAAAGUCUAUAACAAUAAAAAAAAUGGGUCUGUUAUUUUGCACGUUUAAUGUGACAGAGAACUUGUUUGCAUUCAUUGUUUAAAAUAGUUAAAGAAUGAAAUAUUCAGCUGAAAUAUUUGCUUUGUUUGGCUCUGUUUGUAUCAUUACAUCUAUAUUUUUGCACCGACAUGCCGACACAAUGACUGUAAGAAGAAAAAACAAAGAAUUUGACCCAUGAAAAACAGAAGAAACUGCAUGAACUGCUUUAAAACUUAAUAUUUUUUACUUUAAUGCCUCUUUUCAAACCCUGGUUUGUAGCUUUGAACUUAGGUCAGAAAUAAUCAGACUUUGACAAAUGAUACAAUAAAUAAUAUUAUACUGCACAUGAUGUUACAAUAAUAAUGAAAUGCAUAUUCUUCCAUGUAUUUACCACCAUCCAGCCUGUUAAUAUGGUAGUAAGGAGGUCUGCUUUGUGUUUGUAGCUCCUCCAAGGUGACUCAAAUCUUCUCCUGAAGUGACGUAAUAUCAGGGGGAAUUUACAAAGGCAUGCGUGCAGAAACACUCUGACUUUACCUUUUGCUACCUUGGCUUUGCACUAUCUUGAAAUUGAGAGUUUGGUCCUAAAUGUUUGUACCAUGGCUGAAAUAAACAAACAUUACUUAUGCCGGAGCCCAGAGACUCUGUUUGCUCUUAGUGAAUCUGAAGAUUUAUUUUGGUUUAAUGCCACAGGUGAAGCAGGUGCUAAAGAUGCAGCUGUUUUUGUGAGUAACUCUCUUAAGGUUUCUCUUUCAGCCUCUGGCUCCAUGUCCAAACUCCAAAGAAUCGAUGGCCGUGUUCGAGCAGCACAUCAGGAUGGCUCAAGAAUUCCUUAAAGUGCAGUCAGAGAUCUCUCAGCUUGUUCGAAGGAAGUAAGUCACCUUAUACACACGUUUUUAAUUUUUCCGAAUGUCUGAAGACUCGUGAUGUAUGAAGCUUAACCACAGUGAAAUCCACUCAUAAGUCUGCUCACCUUUACACCAGUCAUGGAUUUUACGGAUUUAAUUCAUGUAGAGUUUUGGUUUUAUUUCCACAAUAUCAUAGUUUAUCUCAGUCUUUGUAAGGUUUUGCUAACUGUAGUUGUCUUUUGUUGGAUCAGUUGGAGUCAGUCAGAGAUUGAGUCAAAACUCUCUUGGACAGUUCUAUGAUUCCUCCUGAUUGGCUUAAUUUCAGUUGGGGGAGAGAGCCCCUCCCUGUUUUCAGCCACCUUUGUUGAAACUGUGUUUCUUGAGGGCCUAAAUAUUGCAAGAGUCAACUCAAAAGCCAUGAAGAAAAAUGCAAUGAAUCACAUUUCAACAGCACAAGUUCCCUCCUGAAUACAUGUUUUUCCAUUAAACUGAACUCAUGCUAAAAUUUGCAGAAGGACUCAGGGUCUGAAUGUGAGUCUGAACAAGAUGUAUAUUUAGCACCUUUGUCUCUGAAUCCUUGACCCUUUUCUACUGCAGCAAUUUAUUAACUCUCAUCCAAUCAUAAUCCUCCGUCUGACUUUGUUUGAGUGACUUUUACACUGAAGUGAACAAAGUGCAGAUUCAAUGCGAGACUGAGGAAAUAAACUGCCCUCAGAUGAACAUAAAGAGGUUAAUGUCUGAAGAACAGGUUUGAUAUAUAUUUCAUGUCCUUUUAAAAUAUUGUCCCGUAUGCCCUUUAAAGCUGCUGUGAGAAUGUCUUGGUUUCUGUUGGUUUUUGCACCCCCUGUGGUCAAAGUGAUAUUUGUUACUUACUGUCCCAUACACGUGAAAGUAGUGUCUUAGAUAAAAACCUAAUCCUGGUGUCUAUUAACAGUAAGAUGUAUCACUCACAGUGAGUGUUUGUCAUCUAAAAAGACAAAAAGCCAGCAAUCAAUCAUUUUCUCUUGCCUCCUCUACAUCAGGAGGAGGUCAGAGGAUUGGUACUCAGGGAGAUCAAGAAUUGUUACUACACUGACCUUUCUAAAUACUGUAAAUAAUGUCCUUCUGGGUUUGGUCUACCUCCCCCUGACAGAGUUUGUAUGUGUUGGUUCAGACAGGAGCUGAUGUCAGAGCUGGAGCAGGACCAGAGGGAGCAGCAGACGUCCUCCAGACUCAUCCAGGAGCACAGCAAGCUGCUGGAGGACAACAGCAGCUUGUCAGCCCACGUUCAGGGCUUAAAGAGCAAACUGAGCCUGAUCAAGAGCCAGAGCCAGCAGCACAGCUAGGACGCCACCACAGGAGACAUGGUUAUGUGCGCGCUCGCCUUUUAACAAGAGGAGUCCCUCCGUGAACCGAGUUUAAAAUAGAGCCCAUAAUCCUGAAAGAGUUCACUCUCACUUUGAACCAGGGCUGUCCAGAUACAGCGGUAUUAAUGAAAAAAACAUGCUUAUGGAAACACCCUGUCAAUAAGAGGUUCAUGGUGGGGGGCGAUAGUGGGUCUAUACGCUGAAUGCUGAAACAAAGGGAAGACAAAAAAGCAGUAGCAGCUCUUCAAAAGACGGUCAGACAGUUUAAAACAUUUUUUUUUAUUUAUUUUGAAAUCAUAAACAAAAGAGCUUACACCUCUUUGGGGAGACUAAAAUAUUAAACGUUAAUGGCUUCUGACGCUUCUUUUAACUGUUUUUAUUCAGUUCUGUCACUGGCAGAAGCACAGACUUAUUUCAAAAUAAAAGCAUGCUUCAUAAUACAAGAAAUAAAGUAACCUAAACUUAAGUCUUUAAAAAUGUCAGAACAGAAAUGUCACAUAUAGUCAAUCAGUAAUAUCAGUCUGUGAAUUAACAUGUCCUUCAUUCAUGACUAAAAUCAUGUUUUUCUAAGUUUCUAUAAAUAUGAAAAUGUCCAGAUAUAGAUUUUUGGCCUCAAUGAGAAAGGUGAAAAUAAAACAUCAUGACUGUAGACAAAAAUGAAUCAAAACAGAUUCCGAUGUUUGGGGGAACUUUAAUCUUAAUCAAAUAUUUAGUGAAAAACUUUUGAAGGAGUUUUCAAAAAAUUUUCAAAGAACAGAAAAGGCUCUCUGGAAUAGCGACGAUAAGGCAGCUAUCAGCUCAUAGAUCAGAGUCUCAGGAGUGACAAUAAAAAGAGAUGCUUUAAAAGCUUUUCAAGGAAGAUUGUAAGUUGCAGAAAAACAAACAUCACAUGUCCAAAGCAUUCUGCAUCCUCUUGAAUUUUUAACACAGAUGAAGUGCAGCGCUUGUCUCAGAGAUGGAUGUUUAUGCUUCACAUGAACUCGUCUGGGUUCAACAACUUCGUUUCAAAUACUUCUAUUCAGAUUCAAAAUUCACUGUGAGAAAACCUAACGAGGUUAACAAGAUCAUUUAGUUUAGAGAGAGCAGCUACUGAAUCCAUCCAGACUUCAUUAUUUCUGAUCAUAUAGUCACCCUUAAAGUUUUUAUUUGUUUUCAUCUUUAACAGGGAGACUAAGAGACUCUAGUGGAUUUUGUGAACCCUGAACUGGACUGGUAUAUUUCACCCAGAGGUUGAGAGACUUGCCAGAGUUUUUGAAAUGUAUUUACAGGUGUGCUUUACAAAUCCUCCCUGUUAUUUGUUCAGUUUAUUACACACGUGUUAUAGUGUUUGAUAACAAAGAGAAAAGGGGUAAUUUUACAGGGUUUUACUGUGAAACUAAAGCGAACCAAAGGAGCUUGUCUGCUCUAGAGUUGAGGACAGAAAUGCUUUUUUUAAAGCUGAUUGAAACUUAUUAAACUUUAGGGAAAGUUAACUUUGCUGAUCUUUUUACUAUUUUCUUUAGUCACUUUACUCCCCCAGCUAACAGUCAUAUAGUUAUAAUAACAUUAAGCACUCUCUCAGUUUAAACAGACCUGCACAUCUUUUACUCUCACUGUAAUAAUUAUAAGCUGUAAUAAUUAUAAUAAGCGCUGUUUGACUUAAACAUGUUUAUUCAGAUGUUGCCUUCUUGUACAGAUCAUUUUUAUCUCUUUAUUGGAGCCUGAUGGUUCCUGAAACAUUUCUCAUGUCAUUUUUAUAAUGUACAGCCUGCAGUUAUGUGCUCAAAGAAAGUAAAGAAACUCUUUUAUAGUU